GACUCUUUAAAUAUGUUUGUGGUCAACUAUGAAUUUUAAUAUGGAGGAAAAAUUAAUUUACAAGGAAAGACAACUCCUGUAGUUAGCAAAAAAGAACAGAUUCAUUUGGACGCAUUUGGAGUGAGAGAGAAAAAAGCUCUUCAGAGCGAAAAUGACUCAAGUGAAUGAAGGUGGCAGAUGUGAGUGGGUCGCUCAGUAUUGUUAGGAGAUACGAUACCUCAAUACCCUUCUCGUCGUUUUUAUGGUUUACCUUAUAGAUAAUCUAUUCCAUACCUUUCUUGAUGUUUAGAAAGAAAAAAAUUGCGACGGGAACUUAAUGGGCUUCAGGAUAAUAUUGUAUCAGCUGAUGUUAACCUGUUGGCAACCUUAUUCAACCAUUGGUUGGGCAUUAAAUAUCAGUAUUCAGGAAGCACAAGAAGGAAGUAUAUUAGUAACUGAGCAGUUUAUGCAUGACUUCAAAAUGAACAUUUAUCUAUUUUUGGUCAGCAGAUAUAUUAAUAAGGGUCGGAGUAACAUUCCCUGUUUAUUUACCCUGAUAAUAAAUGUUUGUCACAUAAUCGUUUGACAACAUAAAUAUAUUUUUUGAUUUAAAUCCUUUAAUUUACUGCUUUUGUUUCCAUAUUUGGCCAAUCAAAAGAUUAGUUUGACCUCUAUGACUAUAUUAAAACAUAUAAAGAGAGCUGAUAUGACUAUCAGAAAACACAGAGCUUCUGAAAUUAUUUUUGCAUGAGGACUUUACUAAUUGAAGGUAAGAAACAUUGUAAAUUAAACAAAUAAACCAAAAAAGAAAAAAAAUAUGUACCAAACAACAAGCAUGUAACAAAAGCUAGCUUUGGACCAUGAAUUUUAUUGGAGGAGGCAUUACACUAAAAAGACAACAAAGAAUGGAAGGUACUAGAUAAAUUAGAUAUGAUAAUCUUCCAGUACUACGUAAGUCCCUGAUUUAAUAAAAAUGGAUUUGUGUAAAAUUAUAUCAGUAGAAUUAAAAGCCCUUUCUAGAAUUGAAUUUAACUAAGCAAACGCCUUAAACCACUACACUCUCCUGUGUAAUACUGAAUUUCAACUCGUACGGAAAAAAUAUGAUGGAUUUAUUCCUCCUUGAUAUUGUUUUAUUGAAAUAUGACAAUUCGGAAAGGAAUUUAAGGGUUCUUUCAUUUCUUACAUAGUUCAUAAAGCAAGAAGUUAAAAUGAAGCUGUGGAUAAUUCUCUCGGUUUUAGUCGGAUACGUAUUAUCUGACCCAGAGGAUUUUUACUUGGUUUGCCUUGUUUUUAAACCGGAGCAAGAAUGUCGUAAAAUUUUAGAAGGUGGAGUUCCAGAAAUAUCAGGAUCAAGUGCGUCUGCAGCCUCUUCCACUCAAAGUGGAACGGCAUCUGCCGCGGCUUCCGCAACUUCAGGAAAUGUAGCAAGUUCAGCAGCUGCAUCGACAACUGAUUUUGGAGGAAGUGCAGCAGCGGUAGCAGCAGCCGUCACAACUUCCGGCGGUUCUGCAACGGCUUCUUCCUCUGCUACAGCCACAGACAGAGUUGUACAACCUGGAUUUUCUUUUAAACCAUUAACUGGUAAUGCUCAAAUGAUUACAAUCCCUAAAUGGUUUGGUGGAUUUGGUGGUUCAUCAAGUAUCAGCAGUAGUACAAGUUCCAAUAAUAACGAUGUAUCCAGUGUUAUUCAGAGCAUAUUUCCCGAUGGAUCCGCCACAGCAGCUGCUUCCUCCUCCUCAUUCUUCGAUUCAUCUUUUCUCCAAAGUCCUCCACCACCAAAUAUCUUUAACCACCAUUCAUUCCACGAUGUUGAUCCUUGUAGCCAUAUUCACCCUGCUUUUCGUGGGAGUUGCAACAGAGGGUUACAUCGUCCAUCAAGACGACCCCCACCACGUCGACACCGCUUUCCAGUCCCACGUAGACCAUGGGAAGUGUCUGCACCUGGACCCGAAAUCCCCUCUUCAAUGAAUAACAAUCACUUGCUGUUUCCUCUGUGAGGAAUAUAUAUUGCAAUACAAUGUUAGUUUCGUCCUAUGUUUUUACACUGCUGUGUUCAUUCUGAAUUAUUUGUUCUUAAAGAAGCGAGUGCAGUACAUACAGGCUAGCCUGAUGAGAGAAAAUUGUUAUACAGUAUACAUUAAUCAAAUAGAAUGAAUGCUUAAGUAUUUUUGCUGAGCUUAUUUUCAUUUGUUGAAUUCGACAAUCAUUGUUAUUUACCAAUAAACAUUGUUAUUUACCAAUAAAA